AUGCUACACACACACUACAAGCGGAUGGACACCAUCGAGGUCUGCCUCACGGGCGUCGGGCACGCGAACGCGGAGCGCCUGGACGAGGUCGAGAAGAGGCUGGAGGCGGUGGGGCGCGUGCAGACGGAGGCGGGCACCGGCGCCGGGUCGGGAGUCGUCGCGGCGCUGGAGCGGACCGUCGCCGAGCUCAAGCUGGAGCUCAACGACCGCGACCAGGACGCGCUCCUCGCGGACCUGGAGAUCGGCGGCCUCCCGGACGAGAAGGGCGGGAACGUCUUUCACGACGUCGCCGUGCUCGCCGGCCGCCUCGGGGUGACCCUGGAGGAGCGGGACGUCGUGUUCGCGGAGCGCGUGGGUGCGCCCCCGGCCGAGACCGGCGGGGCCCGCCCGCGCCGCGUGGUGGUGCGCCUGGCGCGCCGCCAGCUGCGCGACGACCUGCUGCGGGCCGCGCGCGUGCGUCGCGGCUCUACGGGCGAGGGCGGCGGCCGGGUGUACAUCAACGAGCGCCUGACUCGCUCCAAUCGGCAGCUGUUCUACCGGGUGCGGGAGGAGUGUCGCAAGCAGCAGUGGAGAUACUCUUGGACGAGACGGGGACGUGUGUUCGUUCGUAAGAGUGACGGAUCGCAGGUCUUCCAUCUUCGAUCCUUAGAUGAUUUCGCCAGAGUGUUUGGACCUCUUGUUUUUUGA